AUGGUGCUGCUGGAGCUCCUCACCGGCGCCCCGCCCGCGGUGCCGCGGCCCGACAGGCCCCACGAGUUCUGCUACCUCGUGGAUUACCUGCAGGGCCGGGUCGCCAAGGUGAUCCAGAUGCUCGACCCCUCGAGCCAGUUCCCACUGACGCUGGCCGAGGUGGUCACCGAGACCGCCUUCAGGUGUAUCCAGCAGAGGCCAGAGGAGCGCCCGCUCUUCAAGCAGCUGGUGGAAGAGCUCCGCCAGCUGCUGCAGGCCUCCGACGCCUACGCUGGCGGCGCUCCCGUGGGGCAGUCGGCCCUGGUCCCAGCGAGGCCAGCGGUCCCGGCGCAGCCCGCGCCGCAGGCUGGCGUGAAGCGGCUGAUGGCUGGGUCCUCUGUAGAGUGCAGGUGGAGGGGCGGCACGGGCUGGUUCCCUGGCCGCGUCGAGCGGGUGAACCAGAACGGCACCUUCGCCGUGAGGUACAGCGACGGCGACUUCGAGGACAGUGUCCCCGCCAGCUGCGUGCGCGCCGCCGAGGGCAGCCCCAGCAGCUCGCCGGUGCGCGGCGGCAGCCCGGGCGCGCCGGGCCGAGGGCAGCACGGCCAGCCGUCCAAGGACCCUGCGGACAGGGCCGCAUCUCGAGGGCCGCCGCCGCCGCGGCAGCAGCAGCGGCCCGGGGGCGCCUCGGCGUCGCCAGACAGGAGGGACCGGCGCCGCAUGUCCUCGGCCGCGUCCUCCGACGAGGGCGAGCAGGCGGUCGCGGCCCGCCUGUGGUGCGUCUACGCGCAGGGCGUGGAGCUCGGUCAGCUGGCCGCGCAGCAGAGGUCGCUGCUGUUCCCGCAGCGGGGCGCGGAGCUGGUGGUGGGGCGCACGGCGCAGCCGUCGGCCUUCUGGGACACGCUCGUUCCUGACAGGAGGCUCCAUGGCACUGUCUCCCGCGAGCACUUCAAGGUGAUUUGCAUGUCGCUGAACGGGUGCCUCCUGAACAGCAGGUACCUCGCCCAGGGCAGCAGCGAGCGGCCCCUGCAGCACGGCGACGUCGUCGCGCUCGCCGCCAGCACGGAGCCGCCGUCGGCGCAGAGGAGCGACGUGGCCCCCGCGCGCAAGUCCUUCGUCGUUUUCACCUUCGAGACAAAGUGCUCCUCCCCUGCUGUGCCGGAUGCGGCGCCUGCCGUGCCCAGCCCGCCGCAGCCGCCCCUGGCGGCGCCGCCGGACGGUGACGAGGCCCAGCGGCCACCGGCCGGCACGCUCGCUGGCAGGUGGCGGACGUCGGAGGCGGCCACGGGGGUCCCCAGCGAGGCGCUGUUCUGCCUGGAGGUCCACGGCGGGCACGCUCGCGAGGACCUGCCGGCGGAGGCGAGGCAGCUGUUCUUCUGCUGCGACGUCGGCGAGGCCGCCCUGCCGAGCCUCCGCGUGGGCCGGCACUACCAGCGCGGCUUCUGGCAGCGGGCCGUGCAGCCGUCUCUCUUGGCAAGCAGCAGCUGGGCCGCGGCGCUGGACGUGGACCACUUCGACAUCCGCGCGCUCCGCCGCAGCAACCCCGCCUCCAGCGAGCCGCCCGACUACCGCUUCCGCCUGCGGGUGGUCGGGCCCUCGGGCGUGGUGUUGAACUACAGCGCCCCUUGCGGCAAAGGCGAAGAGCUGGAUCUCGGCCCGAGCGAUACGCUGACGCUGGGGUCGUCCCUGGCGCCGCUGCAGGGCGCCCCGGCUGGCGGCCUUGGCGCCCCGGGCGCGCUGCCCGGCCUGCACUUCACGUUCAUACCCCUCGCGGGGACCCUCGGGGUCGGCUCGCCGCUCGGCGCCGGGCUGGCGUCGCCGCAGCAGCCGAGGAUUGGAGGCUGCCGGACCUCGCGGGCGAUGAGGGCGCGGGUGACGAGGCCGCGGCGCAGGCGCUGCAGCCCCUACCGGGAGCGGCCCCGCUGCUGGCCGCCUCGCCGCGGCGGGUGGCGGGGUCGCUGCAACCCCCGCCGUUUUGCGAGGCAGAGGCACACGGCCCAAGUCUCCGAGCCCUUCCCUGGCGACGCAGGAGGGCGGCGGCCAGCCGGCACCGGCCGAGGACCGGGUGGCGGUCGACGCGCAGCCGACGGAGCGUCAGCCCCAACCUGUGAGGACGCAGAUGCUGCCGCCCAUCGACCUUCAGGAUCGAAGACGGAAAAGCGGCAUAGAGCACCAGCGUCGGACCUCCGACCGGCUUCCGCCCCUCUGGCGCUGCUGCCGGCUCCGGCGCCGAGCCCCCUGGGGCGGCCGAGGAGGCCGUGCACGGGGCAGGCUUGCCGCCGCGGCCGCUGCCGGGCGGGCAGGGCCAGUUCGCGAGGCCGGGGGCCCCGUGGUUUUCGAACUUCGCGUGCUGACCGCGCUGUUCCCCUCCCCUCAGGGGCGGGUCUUCCUCCCUUCCUUGCUUCUUCCCAUACACAAGGUAUCCCCCGUAAUUGA